AUGGGUCUCUUCACGAGAAACAAGAACAAGCAAUCUUCGCACAGAGACUCAACAUCCAACGGACCAUCUCUCAAGAAGCCAUUUGCCAUGCAGCGUGCCAACAGCAACCCUUCGCAAAACGCCACCGUGCCGGAUAUACCAUUACCCAAAGCGCCUGAUCCAAACCUGGAUCCAGCCGGCUACCUACGCAGCAUCUACGCCGUUCGAGAGAGAAGCAAGCUCGUCCUGGAAAAGGCAAAGAGGAAUCAAUUGCGCCAUUUCAAUGUCGACAUGUCCAAGUUUCCAGACACUGCUCAGUAUAUUGUAUCAAUAAUCAAACGCGAUUUUGCUCCGGACUAUCACACUAUACCGCCUCAUGGACGUUGGCAACACUUCGAGGUUGGAGGUCGCCCGAGAGUGGACCAGCUUAUGCAGACUUGGCCGAGCACUGUAGACAGCCAGGAGCGGACACGAAGACUAAUAGACCUGUUCUUGGUGUCUGUGCUGCUCGAUGCAGGCGCAGGCACGAAAUGGCAGUACAAGCCCAAGGAGAGUGGCAAAGUGUUCAGGCGCAGCGAAGGCUUAGCAGUGGCCAGUUUGGAAAUGUUCAAGAUGGGCAUGUUCUCCAGCAAGCCUGAUGAGCCUUAUCAAGUGGACAGCGAGGGAUUGAAGAAGCUCACAACCGAGAAGAUGGCGCGAGGUCUACAAGUGACGGACGAAAACCCGAUCGAUGGUUUGGUCGGUCGGACUAAUCUUCUCAUCUGCCUGGGAGAUGCGCUCCUGAAUCAGGAGAUCUUUGGACCAGAGGCCAGACCUGGCAAUAUGCUGGACUAUCUGCUUGCACACCCAUCGACGCACGCCAACCCAAUCCCGAUAAUUCCUUUGCCGACAUUAUGGGACACGCUGAUGAAUGGUCUGUCAGCGAUAUGGCCAGCGACUCGAACACAGAUAGAUGGCGUGCCGCUUGGAGAUGCAUGGCCAUGCGGCUCGAUGCCAUCACGUCCUAAUAAUCCGUGGGAAAACAUCGUGCCGUUCCACAAGCUCACGCAAUGGCUGACUUACUCGCUCAUGGUUCCCAUGCAAAAGCUGGCCAAUGUACACUUUGUCGGAGUGGAGUUGAUGACGGGCCUUCCAGAAUAUCGGAAUGGUGGCCUACUAGUUGACACAGCACUUCUCACACUCAAGCCGGAUGAUGCCGCGCGAGGACUAGAGCAGUAUCAGAUGAAUGCUACCCGGCAAGGACAGCCAAACGUCGAGGUCGUGCCACUUUUCACUGCGGAUGACGAUGUCAUUGUUGAGUGGAGAGCAGUUACGGUCGGCUUUCUCGACGAGUUACUUGCCGAAGUCAAUCUUCUGCUGGGGCUUUCCGGCGAGGAGAAGUUGAGCUUGGCACAAAUGCUCGAGGCAGGCAGCUGGAAGGGCGGAAGAGAAAUCGCAGAAGUGUCUAGACCGAACACCAAGGAGCCACCCAUCAUGAUCUUAUCCGACGGCACGGUAUUUUAG